AUGCCCCAACCCUUCCCACUCAAGCUGAUAGACGAAGGGUACGAUCCGACCACCGCCGGCCGCCUCAUUCAUUUGGCCGACAGAUCUAACUGCGACUCGGACUGGACGGGCAUCAACACCUACCUGCAUGCGGACAACAACCCCUCCCAUGAGGCUACACCGCACCCUCGUUUCCUGGAUCAUGGAAAACUUCCCAGCGGAAGUUCAGGUAGCGGACCAAGUGUUGAGGAAAGUGAGAAAGCAUCCGGCCAUGAUCGAGGGACUGGUAGUGGCUCGACUCGGCAAACUCAAGGUGAAGCGGGGAAUGAGCGCCUUGUUGGAGAAGUGGCCGAGGAAGAAGAGGCGGGAACGGAAAUUCUUUGCGCCACUGGAGCGGUAGACGGUGCACCAGAUCCUCGUCAAGAAGGCGGAGCUGAUGGCGCCGCCCGCGCUGUCUCAGCGCCAGAGGCGGCUGCAGAAGCUAUUGUCGGCGCUACCGCCGUUGCAUACUUCUGGUCAUGCAAAUGGGUCUGGGAAGCGUCGUCACCGUGGUCGACGUGGCGAGUAAUCAGGGCAGCUUUUCACCCGCGACGGGUGGUCGGUCGUCAAAGGUCAUCCCGCCGAAGCGUACUAGCACGGGUCAACGGUUGUGGGAUCUUGCAUUACUUUGUCAGGCAGAGUGCAUGACACUUCUGCUCGGGGGUUGGGUAGCCGCCUUUUGAUAGAGCUUUGAAGGUUCAUACAAGUAUUUGCGAACACCGGCGUGUCGUCUCAGCUAUACUUCCACUUGACCACAGUCAUCGCACGAGACUGUGUACAUGUUCGCUGAGUGGCAUUUCUGGAUGUGGUGCAGAAGCCGACAUUUUAGCUUAGAAGCCUUCGUGCAUCCAGGGAAGGCACUGUUCCACGGCCGGCCAUUUUAAUGUGUGUGCAGCAUAUGAUGGUUAAUUGUAUGUAAGUCCCAAACAUCUGUGGACAAUGCAGAAAGGCA